GCUGGGCUGCGGGAGGGACCAUGGCCGAUCCAGCGACGGCUGCGACGGCGGGGGCGCCGUCCGGGUCCGACAGUGAAGAGGGCCCGGUGCGCUUCGCCCGCAAAGGCGCGCUCCGCCAGAAGAACGUGCACGAGGUCAAGAACCACAAGUUCACCGCCCGCUUCUUCAAGCAGCCCACCUUCUGCAGCCACUGCACCGACUUCAUCUGGGGGUUUGGCAAGCAAGGGUUCCAGUGUCAAGUCUGCUGCUUCGUCGUCCACAAGAGGUGCCAUGAAUUUGUUACCUUCACUUGCCCUGGUGCAGACAAGGGCCCCGCCUCAGAUGACCCACGGAGCAAACACAAGUUCAAAAUCCACACAUACUCCAGCCCCACCUUCUGCGACCACUGUGGAUCCUUGUUGUAUGGACUCAUCCACCAGGGAAUGAAAUGUGACACCUGCAUGAUGAACGUCCACAAACGCUGCGUGAUGAACGUACCGAGUCUCUGUGGCACGGACCACACUGAGCGCCGGGGCAGGAUACACAUCACAGCGGAAAUUGAAAACGAGGUCCUCACUGUCGUAGUACGAGACGCCAGAAAUCUGGUUCCAAUGGAUCCCAACGGCUUGUCAGACCCGUAUGUGAAACUCAAGCUCAUCCCUGACCCAAAAAGUGAAAGCAAACAGAAGACUAAAACCAUCAAAUGUUCUCUGAACCCUGAGUGGAAUGAGACCUUUAAAUUCCAACUGAAAGAGUCUGACAAGGACAGGAGGCUAUCUGUGGAGAUCUGGGACUGGGACCUGACCAGUCGGAAUGAUUUCAUGGGGUCGCUGUCCUUUGGAAUCUCAGAGCUGCUGAAAGCUGGAGUGGAUGGCUGGUUUAAGCUGCUGAGCCAGGAGGAGGGGGAGUACUUCAACGUCCCCGUGCCCCCUGAAGGCGAAGAGGGGAAUGAAGAGCUCAGGCAGAAGUUUGAGAGAGCCAGGAUCGGCCCAGGAGCAAAGGCUGCGGAGGAGAAAGCAUCCAAUGCCAUCUCCAAAUUCGAGAACAACGGCAGCCGCGAUCGGAUGAAACUGUCGGACUUCAAUUUCCUUAUGGUGCUGGGCAAAGGCAGCUUUGGAAAGGUGAUGCUCUCUGAAAGGAAAGGGACCGACGAGCUGUACGCUGUGAAGAUCCUCAAGAAGGACGUGGUCAUCCAAGACGACGACGUGGAAUGCACCAUGGUGGAGAAGCGGGUGCUCGCUCUGGCCGGGAAGCCCCCGUUCCUAACACAGCUUCAUUCUUGCUUCCAAACCAUGGACCGCUUGUAUUUCGUCAUGGAGUAUGUGAACGGCGGCGAUCUCAUGUACCAGAUUCAGCAGGUUGGAAGGUUUAAGGAGCCCCACGCUGUGUUCUAUGCAGCUGAGAUAGCCAUUGGCCUGUUCUUCUUACAUAACAAAGGAAUCAUUUAUCGCGACCUGAAACUUGACAAUGUGAUGCUGGAUUCUGAGGGGCAUAUCAAGAUUGCUGAUUUUGGCAUGUGCAAAGAGAAUAUCUGGGAUGGCGUCACCACCAAGACCUUCUGUGGAACUCCAGACUACAUUGCGCCUGAGAUAAUCGCUUACCAGCCCUAUGGGAAAUCAGUGGACUGGUGGGCUUUUGGUGUCCUCCUCUAUGAAAUGCUGGCUGGGCAGGCACCAUUUGAAGGUGAAGAUGAAGACGAACUCUUCCAGUCCAUCAUGGAGCACAAUGUAGCCUAUCCAAAAUCUAUGUCCAAGGAAGCAGUGGCCAUCUGCAAAGGGCUCAUGACCAAGCAUCCAGCAAAGCGUUUGGGGUGCGGCCCUGAAGGAGAGCGUGAUAUCAGGGAGCACGCCUUUUUCCGCUACAUCGAUUGGGACAAACUUGAACGGAAAGAGAUCCAGCCUCCUUUCAAGCCCAAAUCUUGCGGACGAAACGCCGAAAACUUCGACCGGUUUUUCACUCGCCACCCACCUGUCUUAACACCACCUGACCAGGAAGUCAUCAGGAACAUUGACCAAUCAGAAUUCGAAGGAUUUUCCUUUUGUAACUCUGAGUUUUUUAAAGCUGAAGUCAAGAGCUAAGUAGCCAUUGUAGACCAUAAGCAUCACCCUCCCGCAUCCAUUGUCAUCUGUUCCCGGCAGCUGUUGUGGUGACAUCCUCUGUUGCAAACCAUUAGCCGUCGUAAUCUGAAUUUAUUUUGUGGUGAUACUAGAAUGACCAUGUUUCAAAGACUGUGGGGAAAAGGAAGAUGCUCGUUUCUGUAGGCUUAAUAACACUUGGGAUGGGACACAAAGCUUGGGAAGAAAGCCAAUUUGUUUCAAAAUCAGCCUGAGAAAAACCACCUAGUCCUUGGUUUAGAGCAGGGGGGCUGUGGCCCUCCAUAUGUGGCUGGACUCCACAUCCCAUCAUCUCUGACCUUAGCCCAGGCUGGCUGGGACUGCUGGGAGUUGCAGUCCAACGGCAUCUGGAGAGUCACAGGUUCCUCACCCCUAGAUUAGGGGACAAGCAGUGGAUUAAUUUAAUAACUUGUAAAAAAAUUCCUGCAGGUGUUGCCAUCCUUCCCUGCCUCUAUUGUGUACUUUGCAAAAGGACCAGCUGUUACUGCCUUUUCACUUUUGCAGGAUGGGCUAUUUUGCUUGCUUUUUUAAAAAAUUCAUUGUGGAAUCCCUCCCGCAUUUUUUCAAAGGGUGCUAUCUCCAGAAGAAGUUGGGGGACCUUGGGGGGGGUCAUUCAGCACACGUGUGAACCAGUUUCCUUUCAAGUCCUUGCAACCCAACCGAAUCCAGCCUGAAUGCAGAUGCAGCCCACAGCCAUUUUUUUACUGCAGCUGCACAGGAACGGCUGCAGAUUGCCUUUGCAUUGUAAGUUGAUGGUGCUGAGUUUUCUCCCUGUGGUCUUGCAUGGUGGGGUGCGGGAAGCACAGCUCCAUGAAGUGAAGGAGACUUGUGGGGCGGGGCAUGCCUGGAUCCACACAUACACAAACUGAAUAGCAGUUGCUGGAGGCCACAGAAGGGGAGAGGGUUCUUGUGCUCGAAUCCUGCUUGCUGGGAAAUCGACUAGAUGAGCCACUGGCCUGAUCCAGCAGGAUUUCCUUGCGUUCUUAUGAGCAUUAUCCCCUGAGGACCCUUGGGAAUUGUUGGGGAUGGGAUGAUCUCUUACAGAGCAUUUUCAGCCUCCUCAUCAAACUACAGUUCCCAGGAUGCUUUGGGGGGAAGGGAGAGCAAGGUAAAGAGUCGGCAUUAAGUACUUACUUACACAGCACAUAGGCAAACUCUGCUUUUACAGGAGACAGUGAUUGUCACCAACUUGGAUGGCUUUAGAUUAGACAAAUACAUGCAGGAGAGGGCUAUUGAUGGCUACUAGCCAGGAUGGCUGUGCUCUGCCUUCAUGAUCAGAGACAGCAAUGCUUCCAGCUACCAGUUGCUGGAAACCACAGGAUGGGAGAGCCACUCUUGUGCUUGGGUCCUACUUGUGGGUUUGCCAUAGGGGGAUCUGGUUGGCCGCUGUGAGAACAGGAUGCUGGACUAGAUGGGCCAUUGGCCUGAUCCAGGAGGCUGUUCUUACGUCCAACCUCCCCGCUUCCACUCCAUGCUUCACUUUAAAUUGUGCACAUGCAUUCCCAGAGAUAACUUGACAGGCAUAUGACAGGGCCUGCCUUUUAACACAUGGCUUGAGACACAGUGUUGUUUAUUUUGCCCCUAAGAAACUAAGGAGUGCCCUGGAACUGGAUCAGGACAAAGGUCCCUCAAGUCCAACGUCCUGCUUCCCACACUGUGGGGAAAUUGCAUACAAAAAUGUGCAUAUUAGGAGAUAUUUGCACUCAAGGCAUAUCCACACUUACCUUUCUUUCCUCAACGCUUUCUAGACAUGGUCUGUGCUUUAAAGCUACAUGUCUGAGCAUCCUUUUGUCUCCUCCGGACCUUUCCUCCUGAAAACCCAUAAUCCAUGGAAAACCCUAAUUGCCAUUUGUUGCACUUCAGCUUUAAAGAGCAGGGUCUUUUCGUAGGGAAGUCUUCAUGGCCAAAAAAAGGACGCUCGGACAUGUAACUUAAAUGCGCAGAGCUGUGCCUGGAAAGAGCAGGGUAAAAAAUAAGUGAGAACAAUCCUUUAAAUGGUGGUGAAUUUUCUUGAGGCCUUUUAAAAAUAAAAACAAAAAUUGCAAGCCGAUUUGGAAAUGUGGAGAAGUCAUCUAAAGAUUGGAUGAAUGAGAACUUGAGGGGAACUGAAACUGGCAGAUUUGCCGUGCUGUAGCUUAGUGGUAGAGGAUCUGCUUGGCAUGCAGAAGGUCAGUCACCAAUGGCAUCUGCAGGAAGGGCUGGAAACAUUCCCUGUCUGAAACCCCAGAGAGCCACUGCUGCCGAUCAGUGUAGACCAGGCAUCCCCAAACUUCAGCCCUCCAGAUGUUUUGGCCUACAAUUCCCAUCAUCCCUGACCACUGGUCCUGUUAGCUAGGGAUCAUGGGAGUUGUAGGCCAAAACAUCUGGAGGGCCAAGUUUGGGGAUGCCUGGUGUAGACAAUUCUGAGCUACCUGGACCCGGUGGGUCUGACUCUCUGCCAGGCAGCAUCGUAUGCUCAUCCUUAAGUUGCUAAGCUCUGGGUUGAAUGAGAAAGAGAACUUCUCGCUGUCCAUUUUCUGUGGUUUGCAGCCCAAAGCGGCCAGCGACAUCCUGCUUCUCAGCCCAGGUUGAUGCUGAGCUGGUGGCAAGCAGGGGCUUCCUCCCAAGCAGAGGCUGCGGCUCAGUGUGGGCUCCCAGAGUUUCAGGCUAAUUUCUAAGCACACACAGACUGAUGUCUGAGCUCCCGGAAAGAAAGAACAGAUAUAUCACACACAGGCAGGGCUGUGUCAGUCAAUUCCCCUGCUCAUAACCCAUCAGUCGGCUACAAUCUGGUCUGGCAAAGCUGAACAAGAUGGCAGGAUUUCCUGUGAAUGCUUUGGAACCAAUGGUCACCCUAGUAUCUACCACUCAUGUCACGGCGUUGACGUUACCCUAUCAAACCUUUGUGGGUUUCCUUCCUUAAAAGUGUUUGGGGUGGGGUGGGGUGCUGUCUGUCCAGUUGCCAAAUCGACAAACUCCUGUCUGUUCCACUGCGCUUUACGUGUGUCAAAAACCUGAGUAUUUUUACUAAAAUGAAGCUGAUAUUUAAAAGUCCAAACAGUAUUUGUGUAACUUGACUGAAGCUGUAUUUUAUUUUAUUUUAUUUUAUUUUAUUAUUUUAUUGUCUCAACUAAUCUUCUGAAAGUAACAAAGACUUGCCACUGGAAUUCUCCUUUGCCAGUAGGGCUGGCAACCUUAAAGGAAAAUGAAAUGGGUUCUUUUAAGACUCUGAUGCUGCUCAGACACCUUUUAUUCUCUUUUUGGGGGGUGGGGAGGGGUUCUUCACUUACCGUUUGCUUUGAGUUGUUCAUGUGCCAAUUUUUUUCCAGAUACAAUUAUAAAAUAAAGAAUCAGAAAUCUUGGUUGGAGGAAAAACUCAAUUUAUUUGUAAACGAGACUAAAUGACAGUAUGGAGAUUAGCGUGGGGGUUACUGCAGAAGAAAAUUGCAAGCAGAAUCACAGCUCAAAUCUGUUUGCAAAUAAUUUACAGAGUUCAAAUUUGAAAGCAUUUCUAGGUGUGGGUGCUCAGAAUUAUACUCCAGGGUCUAAACCAGCUUUCCAAUGCAACCUGGUGCCUUCCAGAAGUUUUGGACUACAACUCCCAUCAGCCCCAGCUAGCAUGGCCAUACGAUGCUGGGUUCAAUGUGAACUGUAGUCCAAAACAUUGGGAGGGCACAAGGUUGGGGAAGCUCAAACUAAACUACUAAACUUGGCAUGUGAAGUCCUUAAUGUUGUGAGCUUGAGAGCUUCUUUCAACAAGGCCUUUUUACUGCUUUUACAAAAUUGUUUGAUGAGAUUAGAUUUUAUUUUUUUUAAGGAAAAAGAAAGUGCUCCCCUCUCCAGACUGAAAUUUCAGGUCUGCAUUUCAGUUUGUGAGAAAUUCUAUCUAAGCAGUUUUAUACACUAGAUUACAGGCAUGUCCAACCAAUAGAUCGUGAUCUACCGGUAGAUCCCUGGCUGAUCCUGGUAGAUCACGGGACCCUUAUCGUUUGUGGGAUUAAAUAAAGUUUACCAAAAGUUAACAAAUAAAAGCUGAAGAACUCUGGGCAAUCCACGCACGCCACCCCACGCAACCUCCAAUGACAAUGGGUAGAUCACUGCCAGGUUUUUUAUACUGGGAGUAGAUCCCAGUCUCUUGGGAGUUGAACGUGCCUGCACUAGAAAGUCUGGGUGGAAGAGGUACUGAUGAGCAGCCCAAUCUUAAAAAGCCUUCCUCCAGGAAACUCAUCACAGUGGUGGACCCUUUGAGCUUCUGGGUUCAUUAGGACCUUCUGAGAGACCAUAACCACCAGGACAAGAUACAAGCUAUCUGUAGCAUCUACAUACCUGGAGCAGCCUGGUCUGGGAGCCACAAAUUCACAACUUACAAUAACAUUUAAGCCGCUUGGACUUAACAUGCUUUCGGAUGGAUCCAGAUGAACACUCUCAUCUCCAUUCCCCAUCCCUGCCAUUAACAUUGACCCAGUGCAGCAACUCUUGAGGCCGGCAAUCAAGUGGACCAGAUUUGCACAAUAGGUGUGUCACUAGUCAACCCUUCUUGAGCAAGGUGGAAAGAUCUGGGUGGUCCAAUUAGCAUGCUCCUUUGCUGAACUGAAUUCCAUGUUCCCUGCCCUGUAAAUGUAUGCAAAAAAAAAUGGAUGGGCUCCUCGCUAGAAAGGGAAGGUGCUGUGACUUUGUCUCCUGCCCAACUAUUGAACAGCCAGCAAAAGAAGCCAUAAGGCCUAACUUCGCUCAAGCCAAAGAACAGAAGAUCAUACCUUUGCUCUCGUUCUCCGCAAAGGAAGCAGCCUUCCUCUGCUAGGUAUUUCAAAACUGUCUGUGAUGUUUUUGAUGCCCCUCCCCAAAGUGUUUGCCCCAUCAGGUCCCACCUGGUCAUUCCAAGAGACAUCAGCAGCCUGUGGUUUUGCUCUGGAGGCAGAUGUCCUUGUGAGCAAUUAGCAGCCUUGGGAUGUAUCUGAUGAUGGACUUAUCUACACUUACCUUUUGCCCCACUCUUUCCUGGUACAAGUCCUCACUUUAAAGCUCCAUGUCUGAGCACGCAACACUCCAGAGCUUUCCCCAUGAAACCUGCUAUUAAAAGCUGAGCAAAUGGCUACUUGGGUUUUCCCACGGAAUACAAUGAGCUGACUGUUCCUGCAAUCUUACACUCACUUACCUAGGAGUAAGUCAAUGGGUCUGACUUGGAUUGCAGUUUGGGGCUGGAAGUCGGUCUCAUUGCAUUUGAGUAAGGGCAGUGGAUUAGUGGCAGAGCACUUGCUCUGCAUGCAGAAGGUCCCAGGUUCAAUCCCUGGAAGCAUCUCUAAGUAUGGCUGGGAAUGCCUCCUUCCUGAAACCCUGGAGAGCUACUGCCAGUCAGUGUAAACAAUACUGAGCUGGGUGGACCAAUGGUUAGGAUAAGGUAGCUUCCUGUGUUCCUAUUUAAAUCAGGCUUCUAUUCAAAAUCAUGAGGACUAGAAUCUUAGUUUGUGGUAGACCAUCUGCUUUCACUGCAGAAGGUCCCCAGGCUCAAUCCUUGGCACCUUUAGCUAGGGCUAGGAGCCUUUCCAUUGAUCCAACUUGGCAGAAAGCAGCUCCAAGUAAACAUGCAACAGAUGGUGCUGCCAAAAAAUUUUAUUGGGCAAUAGCCCUCAGUAACAUCAGUAUCCCUGGUGCAACCAACCCACUGAAGACCUAAACAUGCCUGCCGUCGUUUUUGAAACAAACCUUCUCUUUUUAUCUUGGUCUCCCUUAUUAUCUUAAACAAGCACUUGGUAAAUCUGCAAAGUAUAUGUUAACUCAUUCUCUGAGUUUGGGAAGAUCUAGAGCCAGCCUGAAACUUAUGUAUUUCUUUAAGUGUCUCUCAGACAGGAUUAUUAUACCUAAUGUGGGGUUCCCUUAAAAUGGUUAGAAUCUCACCAGGGCUCAAAAUAUAGCCUGCUUCAGCCCAGAUCCAACCUUUAUAAGAUACUGAAUGUGCAAAGAGAUGAGCUAAUUCCUUGUUUAAGCGCUAGUGGUAAUGGGGAUGGCUUGGGACAAAUAGCUGAGGUCAACCAGAGAGUGAUGAAACCACCAAGAAAUGGGUUUGGCCAUCAAUCAACUCAAGUCAUUGGCACAUCUGACCACGUCCUGCCUACUGGGGUUGAUCAUAUUCCUCCAAGGUAUUUCAGCUCCUACUGAAUGAAUGAAGCUUUGGAGGGUGUAAGAGGACCCUGCUGCAAGAGAAAACUACUCUUGGCUACUAAAGGGAUGGAGCUCAUAGGGGUAAGUUAUGUGGUCAGGGGACAGAGCCCUGUUCCAAGACUCCUUUAUGACCGAAAUAAUUUCAUGGAGAAGCCAGUCAUUUUCAACCUUUAACCAGCUUCUCCAACCUGGUGCCCUCCAGAUGUUUUGGACUACAACGUAAUCCUGCUAUGCUCACUUAGUUUUUAUCAAAGAUUAUUUGACCUGAGGGUGGUAGGGAUUGAAUCUGGGGCCUUCAGCAUGCCAAGCAGCUGCUCUUCCUUUGAGAUAUGGCCCUUCCCAAUCUAUUUGCAUGGAAUGCUCUCAUGUCAAUCACAGGCAAGUGGUGAGAUCACAGCUUCCGACUUCCUGGACCAUGUCACAAAAAGAAACUUAAGUGAUGAGCUGUGGCUUGCACAACUUCUCAUUGAAAAGCCAGACCUUUGAAACAUGAGAGUCUAUCAUCAUCUCAGCUGUGUGUCAGAAAACACCUACAUUAAAUAUGUGAUUGGAUGUUUCACCCAUCUCAGGGUCCUUAAUAGGUGGCCAUUUUGCUACAUGCUCUACCACACAUUAGUAGGCUGGUGAAAAAGUUCACCCCACAAAAGUUUGCUCAUUCACAUGGUCCUAAUGACUUCAGCCAUGCUGGCAUUUAAUCAGCAGCCAGGCAGGAGUAAUUCUGGAGGCUGUGAAUGCUGGUUCAGCUGCUCUAGCCCCCAUAGGUUAGUUGUGGGUAAGUGACAGGCCUAUUAUGAUGCAAUCACCAAGCAGAGGCCUCUCAGGGAGGGCCAGAAUCUCUGGCAUGCUUCAAAAUUCUGACAAUCUUAAUGGCUAUAGAAUCCAAGAGAAAUUUUAGAAAGUGGUUAUUGUUUGGCAAAUAUGUGUAUAUUUUUUUUAAAAAAAAAACUAGCUCUGAUCCAGAGACUGUACACUCUAGGGUUUUCCUGCAUAGGAAUAUAGGAAGUCCUAUUAUUAUCCCUGGAUGUUGACCAACAUCUGUGGAAUCCCAGCCAUGCCCGAAGGGCUACAGGUUCCCUGUCCUUGGUACUGCAGAAGAAUAAAGCUCUGCCCUCAGCAUGCAAAAUGCUCCCCUUGCCGCAACAGAAACAUUUGCACAUACAUUGUUUUCUGGCUCUUGUUUGCUUUGUUUUACAGAGAAGCUUCUUUCACCAAGUCCUUUCCUAACUCUGUAUUGCAAACCUGUGUUUCAAUGAAACGUUUGCACGAUAAGAAACUACUAUGACUGCCGCUAUUAUUAUAAUUAUUAUUAUUCCUACUACUACUACUGCUAUCGUUUUCAUCUUCAUCACCACAUACAGGAGAAUGACUUCAUGUCCCCUCUGUAAGGGCGGUAACAUCAUUCUACCGUAGGGAUAUUCAAAUACAAUGCAAGAUGGGGGGGAGGGGAGUUUCUCUCUGUGUUGCUGCUUUUCACUGUUUCCUCCUGCAAAUACACUCCCUGCAUAAAUAUGUCACUAUGUAAUGUAAGAUGUCCAAUUUAAUGCAUGGCCUUUCCGAAGAAUGUUUGAAAAUUGAUAUAUAAAACAUAAAACUCGUAGGCUGUGCUGGAGAGAGGGGUUGAGUGCACACACUCUCGAGGGGAUGGGAGUGAGUGAGUCUGACAGUUAACUGAGCAGCAAUCUUCGUCAUCAAACUCCUAGCCCACUUUUUCCUAUUAAAAAUGCAUUACAUUAAUCGUAUUAUUAAUUUGAAUAGAAAAUAAGUAGCACUCUUAUAUGCGAUUAUUGCUAUAAAUUUCUAGCUUGCUCAAAGUGCUGCACACAUAUUGUUUCUGUAACUCUCAUAA